AUGUUUAGUUGUAGUGUCAUCACAGUUCUGUUGUUAUUUAUCGUUUCAAUUAUUGUGUCAAAAAAUGUUGAAGGAUAUCAGCCUGUACUACAAAAGACCGUAGAAGCAUUAUUCACAGAUAAAUCUCAAGUUAUUUAUCCUGGGGCAUGUAAAUUAAUUACGCCUUCGUCUCGACAAGCAAAAAUGUGCAAAAGGAACCCGAGUCUCCCGAAAUUCUUGCAAAUAGCAAGAAAUCAAGCAAUCGCCGCUUGCGAGGAGGCUUUUCGCUAUGAUAGAUGGAAUUGUUCUUUAGUUUUCAACAGGAAAGUGAAAAGGAAUAUUUUUAAUAAAAUAUACAGAGAGACAGCGUUCGUUCACGCAUUGCUAGCGGCUUCUAUGACUCACGCUGUGGCUAAAGCGUGUGCAUCAGGAGAUUUGACACGAUGUUCGUGCUAUGGCAGCUUUGGUAAAAAUUCUUCUUGGAAAAUUGGCGGUUGUGGCGACGAUUUCAAACAAGGAAAGCGUGUAACGAGAAACUUCUUGGAAUUCAAGCAAGCCGGUACCGACCAAAUUGGUCAAGUUCUGAAACAAGACGUCGUAGUUGGAAUCGAUACUAUGGGAGAACAAAUGAGGGAGGUCUGCAAGUGUCAUGGUUUUUCCGGAUCAUGUACAACAAAAACAUGUUGGAAGAGGCUUGGACCAUUCAACUCUGCAAUGGGAUUAUUGAAAAAACAUUUCCACCAUGCCGUGAAACAAAAAAUCCUUAACUACACCGUCAAGAGGGCAAUUACGCCGAAAUUAAGAAAUAAACUCAAAGUUGAUAGGACGAAAUUAGUUUAUCUACACAAAACACCUAAUUUAUGCAUUAGUACAAAAGGCAGAGUGUGUAAGGAUAGAAAUAAUUGUGCCACUUUAUGUUGUGGUAGAGGAUACAUCACUACUAAAAAGACGAUACACUUUAGAUGUAGAUGCAGGAUGGCGAACUGCUGCGCUGUGCAAUGUGAUACUUGUACUCAAGAAGUAGAUAUUUAUACCUGCAAGUAG